AUGUCCACUCAUUUACCGUCUUCUAUCCCUCCAAUUGAAUCAACCAGAAUCCCACGAGGUGAAGAAUCUUCGUCAUCAGAUGAUGACGAAAGACGUUUAAAUUAUGAAUCUUCAGGACAGGAAUCUAACAGUGGUGUUACUGAAGACGAAGCAGAAUCUGUUGUCAAUGAUGAUUCUAAUGAUCCACAUGUGAGAAAUAACCGUCGUCGUGAAAAUGACUUAAAACGCGACUCCAAACGACGUGCUUACUCACCAAAUGGAAUUUCCGAAGGAUACAAUACUAAUAACCGACAUGAACUGCCGUCUGGCGCAGAUGAUGAUGCGGUGGAUACUGAUGUAUUGGAGAAAUUACGUAAGAUUUCCAAAGGAGCAGCGAAACGUGUUGUCAAGAAUCCUCGUCCCAAACUUGACCCUCAAAGAUUAUUGAGUAACAAAGGUCUGCCGGCUCUGCUGGAAGAUUUCAAAAAAGUUAAAUUUCGAGGUAAAGGCUAUGAGUUUCAAGAUUUGAAUAAACUAUUAUUUGUUUAUGAAGCAUGGAGUCAUCGUUUGGUACCUAGAAUGAGUUUUCCUGAAGUUAUAGAUCGUUUAGAAAAUGUUGGAAGUAAACGUGAAAUACGUGUUGCUUUACAUCGACUUCGUAAUGGUAUUUGGCCACCAUAUACAAGUGAAGAACAAGCAGUACCAUCUGAUAAUGAAAGCACAUCAGAACAAGAAGAUCCGGAUGUAGUAUGGAAACGGGCUUUAGAAUCUGUUCCUGAGGAUACGAUAAAUUCCACAAAAUCUCCAUCUACAAUAAAUGAUGUUUACAGAAAAGAAUUGAAUCAUGAAAAUGAAACUGAAAAUUCAACUGGCAGCUUCAACAUACAAUCACCACAAGUGCAACCAUCUACUUCAUUUGAUUUUGAGUCAAGAGCUGAAAGAAAUAAACGUCUAGCGUUAGAACGACUUGCAGCUCGAAAAGCUUCUCGUUCUGGAACAAUUAAUAAUGGAAAAACACAGUUGUCUACAAAUCAUAUAUUAAAGAAUGCCUUGAAAGCUUCAGUCAAUACCAUCCCUCUGUUGAAGAAAGCUGAUACAACUAAAUCAUUUCCAGAAUCUCCUGUGAAUAAGAAAUUGGAUACUGAGGUUUCCAUCGAUAUACCCUGUUCAGAAAAUGCUAAUACUGUUUCUUAUAAUGCUACUACCUUUACUAUAACACAUGAUAGUUCCGAAACUUCUCCUUCUUUGGAAGAAACUCCAGCUAGUCCUGACAAAUUACCAUCAGUUUUACAUGAAGUAGCGUCACCAUAUCAUGACGAAUCAGAUCUUAUUAUUGAUCUAAUCUAG